CAGUACAGCACUCCACCCUCAACAACCUCCACUGUGCACGCUACACUGGGCUGGUUCACCAGCGGAAGGACGGCUGUCAUGUCCUCCAGUACGCACUGACGGGGUGUUGCCUCCAAGUGGCCAUAUAUAAACAGCAGCGUGCGUCUGUGAUGAGGAGGGAGACACUUGUGACCAUGGCGGCCAGCGGGGUGGACGUUUUCGCUAAUGAAGACAAACGAACCGUAGAGCUCGGCGGACACGUGGGCUUCGACAGUCUUCCAGAUCAGUUGGUCAGCAAAACAGUCACGCAGGGCUUCAGCUUCAACAUCCUCUGCAUAGGGGAGACAGGGAUAGGUAAAUCCACCUUAAUGAACACACUUUUCAAUACAAGGUUUGAAAAUGAAGAGGCCAGCCACUAUGAGAAAGACGUGCUUCUACGACCACACACGUACGACCUACAGGAGAGCAACGUCAACCUCAAGCUGACCAUCGUGCACACUGUUGGCUUUGGUGACCAGAUCAACAAAGAAGAAAGCUUUAAACCCAUUGUAGAGUAUAUUGACACUCAGUAUGAAACAUACCUCGAAGAAGAGCUAAAAAUAAAACGUUCCCUGUGUAAUUUCCAUGACACGAGAAUCCACAUCUGCCUGUAUUUCAUCGCUCCCAACGGCCAUUCCCUCAAAUCUCUGGAUCUCGUCACCAUGAAGACGCUCGACAGCAAGGUGAACAUCAUCCCCGUCAUUGCCAAGGCAGACACCGUGUCAAGGAGUGAACUGGACAGGUUAAAAAUCAAGAUCAUGAGCGAGCUGGUCAGCAAUGGAGUGCAGAUAUACCAGUUUCCGACUGAGGAUGAGGCUGUGGCUGAAAUCAACUCUUCCAUGAAUACUCACCUGCCAUUUGCUGUUGUUGGCAGUGUGGAAGAUGUCAAAGUAGGCAAUAAAAUGGUCAAAGCAAGACUUUACCCCUGGGGAUCAGUACAGGUGGAGAAUGAGAACCACUGUGAUUUUGUGAAACUGAGGGAGAUGCUGCUGCGUGUGAAUAUGGAGGAUCUUCGUGAGCAAACGCACACUCGCCACUAUGAGCUGUACCGCCGUUGCAAGCUGGAGGAGAUGGGCUUCAAGGACGCAGACCCCAACAGCCAGUCGUUCAGCCUGCAGGAGACAUAUGAAGCCAAGAGAAAGGAGUUCCUGAGAGAACUGCAACACCAGGAGGAAGGAAUGAGGCAGAUGUUUGUCAACAAAGUAAAAGAGACCGAAGCAGAGCUGAAAGAAAAGGAAAAAGAGCUCCACGAGAGGUUUGAGCAGCUCAAACGACUGCACCACGAAGAAAAGAAAAACCUGGAAGAGAAACGACGAGAGCUGGAGGAAGAGAUGAAUGCUUUCAACAGGAGGAGGGUUGCUGCAGAGACACUGAUGGGCCAGGCUCUCCAAGGUGCAUCUCAACCUCUCAAGAAGGACAAGGACAAGAAAAACUUCUUUAGUCUUCCCUCUGCGUGUUCCUUAACCUCAUCCAGGAAUUUGAAUUAGAGGACUUUCUACUAACUACGCCGACAUGAAGUGACAGAUGGACAAGCAAGUGUAUUAUUUUUGACACUUGAAUGAGCACUUUUAAGAGAAAUGCACUUAAAUCGCCGAGAAUGGAUUGCCAAGAGUCUUCCUCGUGUGUUCUACCCUCUGCUAUGUAACAUGGAAUGUGCAUGAAAAUAACCAUCUCCCCAAGAAUGAAACAUACAAGAAUGAAACGUGCUUUUGACUAAUAUCACUGUGAAAUAAUACAUAAUAUUCUAUGUACCAUCAAAUCACAUAGAAUUUUUGGUCACGGUUAUAUCCCUUUUAAUGAAUCAUUUAAAUUAAAUACUAUGCAGAGACAAUAAUAGGCUUUCAUUAGCAUAAUCAGCACUUGAAGGUGAAUCAAUAAAAGGUGUGCCAUCAAUUCUGCAUAGAAAUAUGAUUGGAUUACUGUUAAACAUUAAGAUUAAGAUAUCAUUUAUUUGUCCCACACUGGGGAAAUUUACAGCCUCCAGCAGCAAGAAUGUGGAUAGAAAAAAGAAAGAAGAAAAAACAAACAAACACCGUUCAAUUAAGUGCAAUAUAAAUACAAAAUGGAUAAAUCGCAGUGCUAUUUACAAUUGAUUUUCACAUCACACACAUCACAUCAUUUAAUUAUUAUUAUUGUUAUUUUUAUUCAUCAGCCUGACAGCAGUCAGUAGGAACGAGCGUCGGUAUCUCUCCUUCUUGCAGCGCGGGUGUAACAGUCUCUGGCUGAAGGAGCUACCUAGUGGUGUCAGGGUGGGCUGGAGAGGGUGGGAGGGACUGUCCAUCAUAGCUUUUGUUGCCCACCUCCUCCAGAGUGUCAAGGGACCUUCCUGAUCAGUCGCUCCAGUCUCUUUCUGUCCCGGGCUGAGAUGCUGCCUGACCAGCAGACAAUGCCAUAAUGGAUGGCCGAGGCCACCACCGAGUUAUAGAAAGUCUUGAGGAGCGACCCCUGAACCCCAAAAGACCUCAGUUUCCUGAGUAGGAAGAGUCAGGAAAAAACAAACAAAAAAAGACCCUUUCAUUCUUCUACCUGUAACAUUUGUUCAAUUGUCCCCUGUCCUUUCCUAAUCAGGGUGUCUGUGUUUGUAGACCAGUCCAGUUUGUUGUUCAGAAGUACACCUAGGUACUUGUAGGAGGUCACCCUCUCUAUGUCCAUACCCUGGAUGUUCACGGUGCUGGUGAGGACCGUUUCCUGCAGAAAUCCACAACCAACUCCUUAGUUUUCCUAGGGUUGAUCUGGAGGAGAUUCUGCUGGAGGAGAAGAAGUUCUCAGUGAGAGUGGUUGCAGUUGGUGGUUGGGGGGAAGGGACAGACGACUGGUCGAAACGGUUGAAAAAACGGUUCAGUCCAUCUGCCCAGUCCUUGUCCUUCUCAGUCAAUCUCUUUGGGCUGUCAUGGGCCUGAGAUGGUUUUCAGGCCCCUGCAGACACCAGUGGCAUUGCUGGCCUGUAACUGGUCCUCCAAUUUUAUCCUGUAAUCAAUAUCACCAUCAUCAGUAAAUAUAAAUAUGAAUAAAUACAGGCAAAAUUGUAACUUUUAUGAUGAGACGUUGUAUAUUUAGCUGUUGUAGAGGAUUACUUCUAAGGAUGUUGCUCAUGAAUGUAUACUGUAUUUUACUGCGCUUGUAUAUGGUCGAGUAAUUUUUACACACACGCACACACACACACACGCGCGCGCGCGCGCGAUCUUUAUAUUUACGAUCAAAUGUUUGAUCUGUGUUGGUGAUCUUAUGCAAUAAAGACUAACUUUACUGAAAUGUACCUGGUUUGUACCGUAAUUUGACAUCAAAACAUAUUGCGCACAGCCUGAAAAAAAAUUGGUGUUCAGAAACAAAUUGACCUGCAACCAGAAAUUUACCACGAGCAGUCCAUGUUGAUCAAAGUCCGUCUUGAAAAAGCAGUCAGCAGUAUUAGCCUCCAAAUAAUUCGCUGCACUUGCAUUAUUGUAACAAAUGAAAUUGUUCAGAAACGUUAAGUAGAGGUCGAUAAUGAUGUUAAUUAUCGUGUGGCCUAAUAAUCUUAUCAUUUACAGUAUUUAGCCCAAAUUUUGUGUGUGUAGUCGGUCUUGAAUUGAAUAGUCUCGAACUGAAUUGGGUGUUUGUCUUUUCUAUAUUUAAAUGUAUUUUUUUAAUCGAAUCCUGUCCACAAAAAUGACCGUAUGAAGCAGCGUUCACCAAGGGACUCUUCUCUUCCCGUCGUGCGAUUGGUUCCCCUGUUUAGAAAAAGCGGGGCUUAUUUAUGAAAGACGAGAAAAUUAUCCAAUAGAAUUACAGAAUUAAUAAACGUCACCAUCGAUGACCAAUGAAGCUCGCCGUGUUCGGACAUGGGCCUGGUUUUAAGGGCUAUUAAACUCCCAAUCUGUCCUUUUCCCCGUCGCCUUACUCCAAGGGUCGGGGGUGUGCAUAGACAAGUACAAAAUCUAUGCUUAAAACUUUCUUAAAAGAAAGUCCAUACUCACAUUUUCUGGGGUGUUUUACACCUAAUUCACCCACUUCUAUCCCUGCGGAUUUAUUUUAAAUUGUACAACCAACGUAACUU